CUGCUCUCUGCUUUCUAUAGAACCCAACGCAGUUUGGUUAUUGAUAGUAGUGCCUACCGCCACAACCACCAUCUGAAGCUGCAACAACACCUUUCCGCACUCUUCUCCGGCUGCAAUGGCUGAUGAGGAACCUGUUGAUCAGAAGAGAUAUCUUGAAGAGUCUUGCAAACCAAAAUGUGUAAAAGCAUUGCUUGAAUAUCAGGCAUGUGUUAAAAGGAUCCAAGGUGAUGAGACCGGGAACAAACACUGCACUGGACAAUAUUUUGAUUAUUGGUCUUGUAUAGACAAAUGUGUUGCACAAAAGCUAUUCUCCAAACUGAAGUAAUGGGGGAUAAAUCUAUGGUAUAUCGUCAUUGCGUUAUGUUCUAUUUUCAUUCCUACACAACUGAUCUCACACAAUUGAUUUUGUGACCAAACUAUAUGGCAUGUAUGGUUACGUGGAUACUGCGGAAUUUUGAGCUCUUCUUGUUGUUGACCUUUGAUAAUGAUCAAUAAUAAGAACUUUGCCAAAUUAUGACUCAGGAUGUAUUCUGAUACCGAUCUGACAUUUUUAGCAAGUUGUAAACUGUGAUUUGAAGUGUGGUUCUUUUAAAUUUUUCUGGUUCAAGUGUUGCAGCUGAAUAAUGCAAAAUCAGAGGCAAAAAAAGAAAUAUUUCUUUACUUUUUGAAAUUUACUCCAUUGACUUCUGGAUUGGGCUUUAAAUCUUUGGGCAAGUCGCCUUAUUUACUGAAGAAACGUCGGUUAGAUAAGCCCACGGUUGUUGACGCAGGCCCACCUUAUUAAGCUCAAAUAGUCAAAGUAAGUCUUUGUCUAGUUACUGACCACAACAAAAACAGGGUCUUUGUCUAGUUUAGUCCUUAUCUUGGAGGGGCGUAUUAGACUCUC